AUGAAGACUCUUUAUUCAAGCGGAAGAUCAGACUCUAGUACUACCGGCAACAAAGCUAUUCCCUUGAAUCCGAAGAUCAAAUCUGAUGUUGUUAAAGUAUGUUCCAAGUUGAAGAAAAAGACCGAGUUUUUGAGGUUGAAGAAGAACGAAGAUGAGAAAUCCCAGGCUCGUGAAAUCGAUGGUUGCAAGUCUUUUGCCAAAAGGACUCUUCAGACUCAGAAACAGGCUUCUCUACCUGUCAAAGUAGCUGAAAACCCUCCAUCCUUGAAGAGCGUGAGAGACAAGACUUGCAAAUCGAUUCACGAAAACCCUAGAUCGGGAAGGCCUCUCCAUACGAAGAAGCAACUCCUUGUGAAAGUCUCUGGAGACCCUAAAUAUUGCCCUGCCUUGAAGAAGAACUCAUCGGAGAUGCUGGAGCUGUUCGACAUAGCCAAGAAAUCAGCAGAUGUGGCUAACGCAAAGGGACUUUUGACGGCUAAUGCAGAGACAUCGAUAUGUGUAGACACUCUCACUUUACUCGUGAGCUUCCCCGUCAGCUCGACAGAUCCGGGAACAAGGAGGAUCAUGGAGAAGCUUGAGCGUCUAACAAAGCACAAAGACCGCAAAAUCUGCAAUUCCGCAUCACAACUUCUUAACCAUUGGAGGCAGAGCAUUAGAGAUCAACAACGCCAACAAGACUCGUAA